CUUGUCGACCAUCAGUUAUAAUAACGGACCUGCAUACAACAUAUGUCGGCGACUGUUACUUGUACUGUACUUUUCCUUUCCAAUGCCAACACAAAGUAGUACUGUUGACACUUACACUUAGUUAGCCUCCAUUUGGGAUCAUCGCAUAAAAUAAGAAUUCGAAUAUUUCUCACUCAAAGCAAAAAUGAUCCGGCUGCUCAAACAGGAACGGACUGGAGCACUGCUGGAUAUUGAAGAGCCAUAGCUUUGUAGGAAGGAAAGAACUCAUCUUCCCCUCUUCUCUUAUCAAGUCAGCAAACUUGGGUCUAAUAAGUCACAGAGUAUUGGCCCCUUCAAGCCUCAUCAGUCAAGCAAGUCCCCCAUUGAUUGGCACAAUGAUAUCGACAGACUGAGGCCAUGAUGGACUUGGAUGCUUGAGGCGAUAAAUAAGAUUUCAGCAUCAGAGGCACAUAUAUUUCGUUAUGACAACCAGCUGCACAGAAGAUGUCAACGCUGCCUGUGACUGAUAUCCCAGAUGUUGGUCAAGCUGAGAGUAAAGUUUGUGAUGGGACUGCGGAGCUGCAACUGGAUUGCAUGGUGGAGGAGAGCAAUGGGAGCACCACAAUGAAGCAUGAAAACCUGCUAUCUCUUGGUGACCUGUCCCAGCCAGAUGACUUCCCCACACCAUCUCAUAAUGGCCCUGCUCUCACUGGGAUGUGCAGCCCUUUGCCAGUUGAACCAAGUGACACCAAGCCCGAUGUGGGCGACACAUCCACCGGCACAGAUGGUCAGCCAGUGAAGAGAAAAAAGGGUCCUGCCCCGAAGAUGCUAGGAAAUGAGGUGUGCAGUGUAUGCGGUGACAAGGCCUCUGGAUUCCACUACAAUGUACUUAGUUGUGAGGGCUGCAAGGGUUUUUUUCGACGUAGUGUCAUUAAAAGUGCGCAGUACUCCUGCAAAAACAAUGGACGUUGUGAAAUGGACAUGUACAUGCGACGCAAGUGCCAGCAGUGCCGCCUGCGCAAGUGUCGUGAGGCAGGCAUGCUAGAACAGUGUGUGCUUUCUGAAGAACAAAUCCGUCUAAAGAAGAUGAAGAAGCAGCAGGAUGAGGAAACGGCACGCUCGUCCACAGUGCUCGCUCCGACUCCUCUUCAGGAAGUAGCGUUGCUGGAUCCACAGCAGCAGGAAAUGAUUGAGAAGCUGGUGGCCAUGCAGAAGCAAUGCAACAAGCGAUCCUUUCUUGAUCGACCAAAAGUGACACCAUGGCCGCAGAAUCAAGAUCUACAGAACCGAGAAGUGCGUCAGCAGCGUUUCGCCCACUUCACUGAGCUGGCGAUCAUGUCGGUCCAGGAGAUCGUGGAUUUUGCUAAGCAGCUUCCUGGAUUUUUAGAGCUCACAAGAGAGGACCAGAUUGCUCUGUUGAAGACUUCCACUAUAGAAAUUAUGCUGCUGGAGACAUCUCGUCGAUACAACGCUGCCAUUGACAGCAUUACAUUUCUGAAGGAUUUUAGCUAUAAUAAGGAGGAUUUUGCAAAAGCAGGCCUUCAGUUUGAGUUCAUUAAUCCCAUCUUUGAGUUUUCUAAAGGAAUGAAUGACCUGCAGCUGGACGAGGCCGAAUACGCUCUGCUUAUUGCCAUCAACAUAUUUUCUGCAGAUCGGCCAAAUGUGCAGGAUCAUGAUCUCGUGGAGAGGCUGCAACAGCCAUAUGUUGACGCUCUGCGGUCUUACAUCACGAUAAAGAGACCAAAUGAUCACUUGAUGUUUCCACGCAUGCUGAUGAAGCUGGUGAGCCUUCGUACGCUGAGCAGUGUGCACUCUGAGCAGGUUUUUGCCCUUCGUCUUCAGGACAAGAAGCUUCCCCCGCUGCUCUCUGAAAUCUGGGAUGUCACUGAGUGACUGCAGUCCCAAUAUCACACUCCUCGGCAUAUUGAAUCUUGAGACAGACAUGGUGUCAGGCACGGGCUGUAAACCUGUCUCAUAUGGUUAUGGACUACUUCCAGCAUUGUGCUGCUGUUAGGCUUUUUGUGGGAGCGUCUCAAUGCCUUUUUGCUCUCAGACUUUGAAAUGGUUUGUGUUCAGAAGGUCUUUUUUUUUUCCUUAGAUCUGUUCAUCCUUUUUGUGGAUGUUGGCAUGAUUUUGCCAACAUGAAAUGUCAGCUCAUGAAUUUGAAUGAUUUUUCUGAUGCAACAUCUGUUAAAAGGUUGAGUGCAGUUCAAUUGUUUUACAGUCUGAAUGCUCUUGGCGUAUAGCUGAUAUUGCUUCAUGUCAUGAUUCCAGCUGUGCUUUCAAGUUAAUUUAUUCAUUAGUCUUGCCAUAGGUUAAUUGAAAACUUGGUUAGGCUUGACCUUAAGAUGCAGUUUUUUUAUGUCAGUCUGUACUUUUGCAUUAAAGUAUGGAAAAUUAUUGCGUACAUUUUGAUGAAGUACAGUACAGAGAACAAAGUUGGAGUAGUUGCUCAGGUAAACUAAUGUGAAGUAGAGGCAUCCUUUAUUAGAUAAAUUGAGUGCCCAAAGGGAUCCUUUUUAUCAAUACUCAUGCACACAAAUUAUUUAUUUUCAUAAGAUGUGUGGAGUGGACAAGUAUCCACAACAUUGUACAAUUAAAUACUAAACCUUAAUAAUAGCAAUCUCUAUACAGUAAGAGGCAUCAUCUAAGGCACAGGUGUCAAACUCGAGGCCUGGUCACAGAAGUGACUUUUUUCACAGUCAUAACGGCCCUCUGAGGGAAACCGUAACUACAAUGUGGCCCGUGACAAAAAUGAGUCUGACACACCUGAUCUAAGGGAACAAGUGGGAAAAGUAGAUCUUACAUAUGUUAGGUGGGCAGUACUACUGUCUAAAAUUGCUUUAUGUGAACCUCCCUAUAAACGACAAAAGAUAAGUCAUAAGUAGAAUAAAAUUAAACAACCACUUUUCACAUCAAAUAUGAGAGGUUUAUUUUCUAACAGAGGAACACAACUGAUUUAAGACGAUUUUAAAUUUUAUUCCACAUACUUGAGGAUAAGGCGAGUGUACGCAUUGUCAAACACCAUGGUUAACAUCUCAAGGUUUUAUUAGCGUUGGGACAUGAAUGCUGAAGACAAAAAUCUGAAUUUAGUUAUGUAAAGCAUACAAAGUUUCAUGACUAAGAAAUACUGACUUGCAUGCCUGUGGUUCCUAUUAUGCAGUAAAAACUAAAUGCAGCAAAAUAAAUACAAUGACAUUUUGUUCAUUUUUACAUUAUCUGUGGGUUUCAUAUGCUUGAGGAAACUGACCAAGAGAUCACCUCAUUGCACUGUUUCAAUUGAUAGUCUCAUAACUGUCUUCUAAGUAAUCUCCGUGGAUCCACAUACAUGUGGAUAAAAUUGUUGGUAUCCCUCAGUUAAUGGAAAAAAAACCCGGUGGUCACAGAAAUAACUUGAAUCUGACAAAAAUAAUAAGAAUGAAAAUUAACCAAUGAAAAUAAGACAUUGCUUUUUAGUUUUGGUUCACCAGAAUUACGUACUUUAAAAACAAACUCAUGAAACAGACCCCAACAAAAAUGAUGGUAUCCUUAAUAUUUUGUUGCACAACCUUUUGAGGCAAUCAAAUGAUUUUUGUAACUUUCAAUGAGACUUCUGUAACACUCAGCAGGUAUUUUGGCCCAAUCUGAAGUAAACUGCUCCAGUUGUCUUAGGUGUGAAGGGUGGUUUCUCCAGACGGCAUGUUUCAGCUCCUUCCAAAGAUGUUCAAUCGGAUACAGAUCAGGGCUCGUAGGCCACUUCAGAAUAGUCCAGUGUUUUGCUCUUAGCCAUUCUUGGGUGUUUUUAGCCCUGUGUUUUGGGUCAUUAUCCUGUUGCUAGACCCAUGAACUGCGAUUGAGACCAAGUUUUCUAACACAGGGCAGCACAUUUUUCUCUAGAAUACCUUGAUAGUCUUGAGAUUUUAUUGUACCCUGCACAAAUUCAAGACACCCUGUGCCAAAUGAAGCAAAGCAGCCCUAGAACAUAACAGAACCUCUGUGUUUCACAGUAGGGACAGUGUUUUUUUCUUGGUAUGCUCCAUUUUUGCAUCCAAAAAGUUCCAGUUUUGUCUCAUCUGUCCGUAGUACAUUCUCACAGAAGCUUUGUGGCUCGUCAUCAUGCAGUUUGGCAAAUUUCAGUCUUGCUUUUUUAAAUUUAUUUUCAACAGUGGUGGAGGUUGUUCUCAGCUUGUUUGUUACCAUUCAUAUUAUUCGUCUCUUGAAUUUUAUUUUAUUUUUUUCCUGCGACCAUGUCCAAAGAGGUUUGCUACAGUCCUGUGGAUGUUAAAUUUCUGAAUAAUUUGUGCAGCUGUAGUCACAGGAAUAUCAAGCUGCUUGGAGAUGGUCUUAUAGCCUUUACCGUUAACGUGCUUGUCUAUAAUUUUCUUUCUAAUCUCAUGAGAACAACUCUCUUUCACUUCCUCUGAUCCAUGUUUACUGUGGUACACACCAAGCCACUAAACAGCGCAGUAAAUACUUGUCACCCUUUAAAUAGGACGACUGACUGAUUACAAGUUUGAAGACACCUGUGAUACUAAUUAGAGGACACACCUUGUUUGAAAAUGUCCCUAUGGUCAAAUUAUGUUCAAUCUUUUCUAGGGGUACCAUCAUUUUUGUCAAGACCUGUUUCAUUAUUAUUAUUAUUUAUUUUAUUUUAUUUUAAUAAUUCUGUUGAACCACAUUUCAAAAGAAGUGUCUGAUUUUCAUUGGUUAAUUUUCAUAAGUUUUAUAUAUUAGAACUUGUUAGAUUCAAGUUAUGUGACCACUGUGGGUUUUUCUUUUAUUAACAGAGGAGUACCAACCAUUUUAUACAUGUAUUUCUUACAACGGUUUAUUUUGUGACAUUAAAUUUGGAAUUUUCAGAUGCAGUUCCUGUUGAUUGCUAAUGGAUUGAACAUUUGAGUAGUUGGAAACAAAGAAAACAAUAAAUGGAUUUUUCACAACAUAUUGCAACACUUGCAGUAAAAUAAGCACUGUAUUUCUCAAUUGUAACAGGCAGGCCUGCUUUGGCUUGGUGAUUGCCUUUUAAGUCUUUUUUUUUUUUUUUUUUUUAAAUUAUCUCCCAGAUGGUCAAAAUGUGUUUAUAGUGCUUUUUCAUAGCAGACAUGUGUGCUUACCAUAGUGGAAAGCACAGAUAUUUCAAAUCAACAAUGGAUGCAAAUGUUUUAUUUGGUUCACUGGCAAGCAGGCAUAGUAAUUAGAUUCAAUUUAGGUGGCUCAAUAAAAUGUACCAUUUACAAAAAUGGAUUUCACAUUUGAAGUAUGAAAAAGGUCUUAAUUUGUAUUUGUCCAGUAGGGGAGGAAUGUUUGUUACAAACCUCAACAAAUCAGAAGAAAAAGGCAGUACUACUUGACUAACACAACACUUGAGUAAAAGUAUUCACUGCUCCUUUAACCUCUCCUAGGUUGUAUUUAACAUUUAAUUAAUAUUUAAAAUAAAUGCUUUUAUCGAAUAAUCAAAUGCUUUAUUUAAGCAGAGGAUAAUAAUUGACAUAUUCCUGACGUCUGUCAUUUUAAAGCAGCCUGUAAGCCAGUCUGUGUGCUGUACUCUAAAUCAAACAAAAUUGUACGCACAAAAACCUGUCUACUCGGCGAAUGUACGAACCGUUCGUAGCAACUUGUGCUGUUUAAAGAUGUCAUCUCUAAUCUUGUUACAGUUCUUCUGUCUGCAAAUGGUGUGGUUGUAAAGAUAAUUGAUAUAUACUGUGCAAUUAUAUUUUAAUACAUGUAACACCUGAGAAUCGUCUGUUUUGUAUGUACAGGAAAUUAAAGCUGUAGUAUUAAUUA